GGUCGUUGGUUUGUUGGCAGUGCAUGCGAGCUGUUAAUAAUUGACAAUACAGCUAUUCAGUGACGUUCCAAGGUGACCUGUGUUGUAAGUCGUGGAUGUCUGAAUCUCACCGAAUAUUUCUUAUCGGUUUAACCAGUCGAUCUUGUACGUAAUGCGCGUGUCUUUCAUUGAUCUUGAACGCGGAAAGUGAAAGAUAUUUUCCAGUUCUCCUGUUGACGUUGAACAAACCCGGACAUCAGGCUUUAUCAGACUGAUGCAUGGCAAAAUGGCAGAAAGUGGACUAGAUGAAGCAGAUGGAGAUAAUGAGGUCAAUGACCCAUCGACAUUGGAUGCAGACGCACAUCAGACAAAGUUUUUGAAAAAUGGUGAAAAACAGACAGAAAGUCCAGUGAAGGAGAAGUUGAUAAAGUCAAUCAGAGCGAGUUUUAGAAUGGUCAACCCUUUGACCUCUAAAAACAAACGGCCAGAGGACACUAACGACGACUCAAGCCAAACCUUGGAUUCUCAGUUACGAUUGCCGAAAUCUCCAAGCUUGAGCACUGGAUCACAAUCUUCCCUUAGCAGAAUGUCAGAUUCUGCAGUGACAAUAACAGAUAAUCUGGUUAAGAGAGGGGGAAAGUUUAAGCAGAAUUUGGGUCUUGGCACCAAAAAAGCCAAACAGGAACAUCUGGAACCUGUCACAGAGGUUUUACCUGAAGAGUCCAGACCAGAGGUCAGAGAGAAGAUGAGGGACACGUAUAGUCUACCAGAGAUUCCAACUGUUCCUCUGUCAGUAAUGGAGAUCAACAAACUGAUCGAGACUGACGUUUUGGAGGAUGCUUAUGUGAACCUGCUCUCCCUGCGUUUGGAGCUUCAGAAAGAGCGUCAGGCUCUGGAUAAAGAAGAUUGUCCCAUUGAGCUCGCUCAUAAAGAGAAAGAUCUCCAACUGCUGUAUAAGACACUUAGAAACAAAAUGUCUGACAUCGUACGCAGCUCAAGCGUCCACAAUAAAGAGAUGUUGGUGUAUGUGGCCUACAUUAUUCUGGAGGAAGAGAAGAGACGAGAAGAACCAGGAGCCUUGCCAGGAUGGAGGGAGGCGUGGAGAGAUGCGUUACGAGAUGGAGUUAGAGAUACUUUGAAGAAAGUUCACCUGGACAGCCGUGAAAAGAACAUGUCAUGGUUGGCCGUGCAUCUGGGGCUUCUGGGUAAAGCGAUUGUGGAGGAUUUGACCAGAGUUAAGACAGAACUUCUGAACUCAUAUCCACCGGACUUUAAUGUGUUUGAAACAUACAUCUCCUGCCAUCAUGAUGUCGUGGAGGAGCAUUUGAAGGGUCUUCUGAAAGAAGUGACUGAGCUGAAGGAUUAUUACGCUCUUCUGGAUUUUAUCAUUCAUCGCUACCCCAGUGAGAAGAUAAUGGGCAGCAAUGACUUGCAACCGGAGAUGAAUGUGGAAUGGAAAACUCUGCCACUAAACAAAGAUUUUCUUAAUCAGAUCAAAACCAAAUACUGCAGUCGCUUACAGAUUGACAUGAGAGCAUCACUUGACAGAAUUAUUGAGCUGGAGAACGAGGAGAUGUGGGAAAACAGGAGUAAACCCACAAUUGAUGAAGGACUCUACAGCUCACACAUAGACAUGGAUAUCUGGACGAAUAUUAAAGGGCAUGUACAAGGAUCCAGUAGGAUCGAUGUGAACCUUGAGGAGAAGGUUGUCCGUUCCUGCUUGGAGGAACUGAAGCUAUUUCCAAAACGAUUUGAGUCAGCGUUUGUUGAGUGGAACAGUGAUGUCUCUAACUCAUCUCUCUGGACAGCAUAUCACAUCAGUUAUAUCAACAGCUUUAGUGCUUUAAAAGAGCACAUGGAAGGCUAUAAAGAUAGUUGCCUGAUUCUAUUGGAGCAGGUUAAUAAAGAGAUCGAUGGACUGACCAGCAGACUCCGUCACACUCUGAUGGAGAACUUCAAAACAGAUGUCAAGCCCUUCCUCAGGAGACAAAUGACAAGAAAAUGGUUUUCAUUUGAAGACGAUUUUUCUCAGCUCAUCAGUAGAACCAAAAGUCUUUCUGAACAGACCAAAUACAUGAGCCCAAAACAUAAACAGGCUUUCGUGAAUGAAGCUCACUUUUUUGUGGUGAAAGAAUACAUAUCUCAACUCAUGAAGAAUAACUACUCAUGCAAAAACCAGAAGAAUGAAUCAGCCGCUUCUAAGAUCACCAGUCAGUGGGCCGAACUUAAAGAGAUUUUUCAAGAUAUGAAUUCCACGUUAGAUUACCUCCAUCCAGUUGGGAACCAUCUAAGCAAGAUUGUUGGAUGUAAAAAAAGUGAAAUAAAAAAUAACCUACAGCCAUUGGUUGAGAACUAUCCUGAUAUCAGAAAGAGUCAUAUGUCAGCUGUGCUGUACUUUCGAGGGGUCAUCAGAGGUCGAGAUAAGCAUAUUGUACUGGAGCGACUGAUGGAGUUGAAAAGUAGCAUUACGAAUAAAAGGACUGAAGAGCAGGUCCUCUUUACAGAGAUUCAAGCAGCUGUGAACACAGACUGCUUUGCUGGUUCACCAUUCACAUGUCUUUCUUUCAUGGUCCCGGACAGUUAAUCCACAGAAAAGCACAUGGCAGUACCCAUAUAUCUAAUGAUAUAAGCAGUAAGAUAUAUUGUUUAAAGAUCUCUGUCAAACCUCUCUAAAAUAUGCAAUGUUUGUGGUAUAUUAUUAUGUGUAUUUUACCUGUUGUGGAUCAUAUUUUAAUACAGUAAGAUCAGAACAUUCGUCUUGUUAUGUCUAUUUAAAUAUUACAACGUGAACUAGUUAUAGUGUUAAUAAUAUCAGUGAUAAUAAAUAAUCGUAAUAAUAAAUUCAUACAUUUUAACUUAAAUACAAGCUGUGAAACACGUUCUCAAAACAUGUUGCAGGGUAUACUUGUAGGGAUAUUUUUAUUUAUAAGUUCGUAAUGCAAAAUAUAAAAAACCAUGCUCAUAAUUUGUAAAUAAUAUAUUUAUGGUAGCCAGUGUGAUUUUAAUGAGUGAAUGUAGAAGCCUCUCACCUAUUAUAUCAUCAGAUAAUUUAUAGUUAACAGUGAUGUUCAGUUUAAUACCAACAUGCAUGACAUACCUGUUUCAGACAAAUAUUCAACAUAACCUGUAUAAAUGCUGUUUUUAAAUAUUUGUGAGCAUUUUGUAAUUACUGCAAAGGUAAAAAAUUUAUAUUUUGCUAUGUGACAGUUGUGUGAAUAUACAUUUAAUCUUCCUUAUUA